AGAGACAGUGCGUAGACGUUGGCUGUUAUUUGUGCUACCUAUCCCGUCCGAAUAUUGACUAACAUCGGUGAAUGGCUAUGGCAAAUUCUGACUGGGAAAAUCGUCGUCCCUUAACGCAACGUGAGUUACAAGAUGAGGUCGACAAUGUGUAGCAAAAUGAAGAUGAGGCAGAUAGUGACGAAGACUUGUUUGGUGAACAGUCUGAUACUGACAAUGAACAGAGUGAUGAUGGUGAUGAAGUUGUGUUACAGAAUCCUGACCAAGGUCAGUAGGAUGCAUAAUUCCGCUUCAAAGGGAUUUUUUGAUGAAACAAUUUCCAAACGAUCCCCAUUGGAGAAAGCAGUGUACAGCAAAAAUGGCAAAAUAAUGGCAACCAACAAAUUCCGCAACUUUAUGCGAGUUUAUGAUUCCAAAGACAGUCAUGAUAUAAUUCUGUAA